AUGUGAAGCAGCCUCUGCUCUAACAACAGCCAGGUUUACACUGCUGCUGGCUUUGCUGGCUCACUCCAGCUCUCAUGCUCCACCCUUCGGGUUUGGUUUUUUUUUUUUUUUUUUUUCUUCCAGCUAUUGCAAUCUGAUAGAGGCGGGUGAAAGCAAGUUGAAGGAAAGGACAUUCCCCUGAAGAGCAGCUGGAGAGCAGUCCUCAAGCCUUGUCUGUGCAAAGUAGGGGACAGCCAGCCCUGCUGUAGCCUAGAACCAAGCCCAAGCCCUGGAGGUACACUGGUACUUGAACUGAUUUUCCAGAGGCAGCAUGGACAUGAAGGAAUAUUUUGACAGAAUUUCUUACCGGGGAUCCCACAAUAAGCCGGACCUGGCUACCAUGUCAGAUAUAUUCCAGCAUCACAUCCAAGCUGUCCCCUUUGAAAACCUCAGCAUCCACUGUGGAGAAGGAAUUGAGCUGAACCUGGAAGCGACCUACAACAAGAUAGUGAGGAAGAAACGUGGGGGCUGGUGCAUGGAAAACAACUACCUUCUGUCUUGGGUUCUGAAAACUCUUGGCUAUGAUGUCACCCUUCUGGGAGCAAAAGUUUAUGUCCCAGAGCUUGAUGCUUAUCCAGAUGAAAUCGAUCAUCUGCUGCUACAAGUGCAGCUUGAUGGCAAAUCCUACAUUGUGGAUGGAGGGUUUGGGAUGCCCUACCAGCUGUGGCAGCCAAUGGAGCUGAUUUCAGGGACAGAUCAGCCUCAGACUCCUGGGGUCUUUCGUUUUCAGGAGGAGAGUGGGACCUGGUACCUCGAGAAGGUGAAAAGGAAGCAGUGGGUUCUCAACCAAAGCACCUCGACUUCCCAAAAUGUGGAAAAUGAAGUUUGCCGUCGGAUUUAUCUCUUUACCCUUCAGCCACGAGACAUUGAGGAGUUCAGGGGCUGCAAUGCUCACCUGCAGACAGCACCUGACUCGCUCUUUGUGACCAAGUCCAUCUGCAGCCUGCAGACCGCCGACGGCGUCCGGGCAUUGGUGGGGUGGAAACUCACUGAGAUAAAGUACAAUUAUAGGGACAAUAUGGAUCUUGUGGAAAUCAGAAUCCUUGCAGAUGAAGAAAUAGAGAAAACACUGAAGGAGAAAUUCAAUAUAACACUAGACAAGAAAUUUGUACCUGUCAAUACGAGCAGGCUGUCUCUGUUCUAA